AUGUCGUUCGCGCUUGGAGACGUUGUUCGCUUUGACCGUGGGCAGUACAGUCACCUGGCGCUGUAUGUGGGUGGCGGUCGAGUCGUUCAUCUAUGGGGCGAAAGCGAUUUUCAGGUGCGCGUGGAUUCCGUCCGCUUCGUGCAAAGAGCUGCCGGUUCCGGUUCCGAAGCACCUGAGACGUUUUCAGACGAGUUGGACGAGAGAAUGCUCGCUGAUCACAAUGUACUGCCGCUUAGCGGUGAUGAGGUGGUGCAGAGAGCCAUGUCGAGACUCGGAGAGACUCAGUACAGCUGCUUGGCGCACAACUGCGAGCAUUUCGUGACGUGGGCGCGAUAUGGGCUCGGUGCGUCGCCUCAGGUGACGUCCAAUGCGAAUCAGGUGUUGGCAGGGGCCAUGGUGGGAGCUGUAGUCGGCGGCAUGGCUGGCUUUGUGGUGGGCGGACUCAUCUCGUUGUUUGCGAAGGCAGACGCACUUACGACGUCGGCAGGGACAGGUGCGUCAAUGGGUACAUCAGCAACAGCCUCGUUAAGAGAGGAAGAUGAAGAAGAGGUGGAUGAACACGUGCGUAGGGCUACUCGUGAGUUAUUAUGGAACGGGUUACCGGCAUCGUGUGCUCCAGCAGCGAUGGACGCGAUGACUCAGAUGGAGAACUGGGUCGAGACACCUCGUCGUGGUGCAGCGAAGGAUUCCAAAAGGAAAUACACGAAUGAACGACACGAUGCGCUGGCGAACCGUCUGGCCGAAGAAGAACUACAGUGCAGCAUUUGCUACUCGAACUUGCUGUGUGUGCGUGCAGUGGCAUUCCCGUGCGAUCACUUCACGUGCGCGGUGUGCUACGCGGCGUUUCAAGGAGAGAAAUGCUGUCCAUACUGCCGACUACCGAUUGCGGGUGUGGAGGAGAUCCACGAGUCCACGAAGCUUCAUGCGAAGCAUCUCCUGCAUUGGGACGACGAGUAA